AUGCACGACCUGGGAGGACACCCCAGCAUCCCAAAGACACGGCGCCUGAUCAAGGAACGCUUCUUCUGGAAACGUAUGUACGAGGAGAUCAGGGAUUACAUCGCGACCUGCGCUGCCUGCCAGAUGACUGAUCAGCCCACCACAGAGCGUACAGACGGCCGCACUCUAACCAGCACGGAGGUCGACCUCCCCCUGGAAAAGGUCGGGUUUGACCUGCUCGGACCCUUCCCCAGGAUGUCGGAAGGCUUCGAGUACGUUUAUAUCUGGUAUGACUACUUCUUCGGAUGGAUCGGCGCCGGACUUGGCCGGAGCAAGGACUCGAAGGAGGUGGCUGCCUUCCUCAAAAUGGACUUGUUUGCAGCGCACGCGUGCCCCGCCGUCAUCGUGAUGGACAACGACGCUUGCGUAGGCGAGGUCAAGGAGCUAUGCGACCAGAUGGGAUCGCUCGUGCAACUCAUCAUAGCCUACUGCCCCCGCAUGAACGGCGGGGCGGAGGCCUCGGUGAAGCUGGUCACAAAGAACAUCCGGAAGCUCAUCCUCCAGCACGGACUUGAGUGGGCAACGCACAUCUUUGAAGCACUCCUAGUAGUGCGAAUCUGUUACCGUACAGCCACCAGGUUGAGCCCCUUUGAGAUCAUUUACGGCAGACUCCCGGUGCUCCCAGCGGAGCGCCUCCUGCAGACCCGGUACAGGAUUCAGGAACCCACCUCCGCGGAAGGCGAGGCGCGAGCAGAGGAGGAGUUUGACGGAGCACUGGUCAUCAUGAAAAAGGCCAAGCGCGAGCACAAGUUUGACACCGGAUGGGAGGGACCCUACAGGUUUCUCUACUUCUAUGACGAGGCUGCGCAGGUGGCAGUGCUUGAGGACCAGACCGGACAGCGCUGGACGCGUCACAUUGUUAUGCUACACCCCUAUCAGCCGCGCGCGGCGGCCCAGGAGUAG